AUCGAUUUCAAGACUGCGGUGAUAUCAGUGUGUCUGUAAAAGUUUAUAAAAAUAUCUUUUCUAUUAAUGAUGAAUCUCACUAUAUAAGUAUGUAUGUUGACAGCCAAAUAGAUAAAGGAAAUUUUCUAGAAGCUUUGGUAAAUUACAAUAUGCUGAUGAAGAAAAUAAAGAUGGCAGCAGAUCAUGAUGAGAACAACUUGAUACGAAAACAGUUAACGAUAUGUCAACAAAUUAUACAAAGUACACAACUAAACCCAGAGGAUCUUCAAUUGUUGAUACAUCAAAUAAAUGUAAUUAAUACACAAAACAUGGAUGUUAUGCAACAAAGUCAGCUGAUUGAUGUACUCUGGUCAAUAUCUUUCAUAAUUGUGUUUUCUAGGUCCAGCUGAUUGAUGUA